GCGCGCUCAUUGAUGAACCCUCUUCUCCUUGGCCGGCCCAACCCUCACUAGACUCGACCUGAACCUGAACCUGGAAAUAGGCUCCCGCGGUGGCCAAGCGUUGCACUCGGUCCCUCUAGUCUCCGUCUCGAGCCGUCUGCUAGCCUUCCGACCCCGCCAAAAGCUCCCGCUGCGAGGGGGUUGCCUGCUUGCUUGAGACAUAUCGCAUACAUCCCAAGUGUCCUCUAGCCUGGUGCAACAUUCUCUUUUUUGACCCUGUCUCUCUUCUUGUCCCUCCCUCCCUUGCUUGUUCCCGUCAUCGCGUCCUGCAAGCCUCUCCCUUUCGGGUUCCUCACCCACCGCUGCCGCUGUCGUCACCUCUUUCCGAGCUCGGCCUGCCUCUCCGCCUCCGACGCGCAGGCCCGUGCAAACAUCCGUCCUACCAGCCUGACCCCUCUCCCCGCGCACCUCGAUCAUGCCCGCCUUGACAAUUUCCACCGACAACCUCCCAAGCGACAGGCCUCCCUCGCCCAACAGGCCACCCGUUUCUCCCCUCACUCCAACGCUGGCUUCCGCGCAGCUCUCCGGGGCUGCUCCAGCCCCCGGCGCCGGCGGUCGCCCGAGUCUCACGCACUCGCAGCCCGACCAGACAGGAGUCCCACCGCCCGCGCCCGUACCGAUCGCAUUCGACUCCAACCCGGACGUCAUCGCGCUCAAGUCUGCCAUAUCGAUCCUUCAAAUCCAGCGACAGCGUGCCACCGCCGACAUUCAGGCUCUGAACCGCGCAAAGGAAGAGGCCGUCCAGGACCCCGAGGCCUUUGUGAAAGAUCUCAUAGCGGGAAAGAUCAAUGCGCCGGCCAACGAUGACAGCGACGAAGAGGAUGACGAUGACGGCGCGGAUCAGAAACAAGAUAAUGCGGGCGAGGGUCCCUCCAAGCAGCGCAUCGCCUCUGAGCCGCGGGCAUGGGCGAACCUCCCUCAGCCGCAGAACGUGGUCCGCUGCCCACCCAUCAACUGGUCGCAAUACGCCGUUGUAGGCGACUCUCUAGACAAGCUGCACAACGAGCAGGUUACGCGCCCGAGCCAGGGAACACCGGCCGUCGUGGGAACCAACGGCACGUACGAGUUCAAGGGAGAGGGGAAGCAGGAGAGAUAUGCAGGUGUCGCUGCACAUUUUGCCCCCACGCAGGAACGCCUGAGCAAAAAGUCCAAGUCGAAGAGAUGAUGAGCAACGAUGACACGAUCAUGACUACAAAGAGGAUGAUGACCAAGUUCUGCCUACCUUGUUUGAGCGAUGUUUCAGGAAUGGGUUUCAGUUUGUUGCAUCUGUUAUAUCGGCGUUGAUGAUUAGACGGGAUGGCGCUUCAGAGGGUAUUAGCAAUAUAGCCCCUUGCAAUGGGUUUUCUUUUCUUU